AUGCCUUAAAAUAUGGAGAAACUGCUGCCCAUCUCAGACAAAGACCUGACGCGUAGCCCUGUGCGGCAAUUCAGGAUCUCGCUGUCCAAUCUCUUGCUGAUUGGCUGCGCGCUGGCACCCUUUACCACGAUCUAUACAAUACUGAUGACAUUGAUAUAUGACUUUGAGAACUCCACGUAUACGCAUUGCGAGGUGGUGAACAUUUUGCCGUCCAUGUCGGCGGUGAUCCGGCAACAGCAACAAUUGUGGAUAUUCAUCGUAUGGUUGCAGCUGCCGGCUCGCCUGCUGGCGGCUUGGCUCUACUGGCGCUAUCGGAGACGCGGCCUGCCCUGGCUGGCAAGUCUGCUGAAAUGCCUGUCGCUGUUGUUUCUGGUGCAGAACACUUUGAGCUCCAUUUCGAUGGCGCACUAUGGUCAUCUGUCGGGCACAUUUCACAAUGCGACAGCACUCUCCAGUUGGAUAUCGGGCCUCGGCCUGUUGGGUCUCUCCCAUAUGAGCCAGAGGUACUGUGCAUCUGAGCCAAUGGCGCCGCACGAGAGGCUCUCGAAUCGCAUCAAACGCAAGCUGCUAAUCAUGACCUGCACCGCCAUGCUGGUCAUGUGGCCAUUUUAUGUGCUGCACACGGGAUACUGCAUGACAAUGGCAUUGGAACAGUCUAAGAUAAGCAAAAAGUCUUGGAAUCCCAUCCCAGAUACGUCGGUUCUUAUGAGAAAAAUAUUUCUAAUUGGGUCUCACUGAUAAUAUCGUGUACAUCCGUAUCAUUCCAAUUGGAGUUCAAUGAAGCUAUCUUGUAUCCCAGAUACACCGGUUCCUAUAAGAACCACAUUUUCAGUUGGAUAAUAAUGGCGUUAUCUUGUACAUUAAUAUCCCAGUUAAUUUUAAUCCAGUAAGAAAAGACAUGACCAAUUGGACAUAUAUGGCAUUAGACCGUACACGAGUACCUCAGAUAUUAAAGUUCUAAUAAGAAAACUUG